AGAGAGAGAGAGAGGCAAAAGCUGCAUCGUUGCAAACUCCUUGCCUGCACUUUUCUCAGCAACUCCCCCCUCCUAAGACAGCAGAAACGUGUGUAGUGUUCUCCGUAGUCUGGAGUCGGUCUGACUAGAAGCGCAGGAGAGGCGAGAGAAAGAAGAGGGUCCAAAAUAAAUACGGGAUGGGGGCGAGCUGAGCCGCGCGGAAAGGGGACGGUCGUGGACACAACACACUUGCCUAACUCGCUCGCGACAUUUGUAGCUUUUUUAAAUCAAAAGCCAACGGUCGCGUUUCCCCCUCCGGUAACGUUAAAGGUAAAUGCCUGCAGUGUUUCGCACUAGCUUCGGCUCGGUCUUGGUGCAACAACACUGAAGGGACAGAGAGAGGGACUGCAAGACGGGACGGGAGAAAGUUUCUUACGCCUGGCGCAGACACAGCGGCAAACAAUGCGGCUGACCCCGACAAAGUCCAUUUUAUCGGGAGCCUUGCUAAUCCUGCUAUUUGUCUGCUGGUCCGACAGCAUUUCAUUGUCUCCGGAAGAGGCAAACCAGUUUCUGAGCAGACGCAGGAGAGCGAAUCAAGUUUUCGAGGAGACGAAGCAAGGGCACUUGGAGAGGGAAUGUGUGGAGGAAAGGUGCACCAAAGAGGAGGCGAGAGAAGUCUUUGAAAACGACCCGGAAACGGACUACUUCUAUCCCAAGUAUUUAGCCUGUGUGGAGAAGUUUGGAGAUUCUGAGAAGAAGAGGCAGGAUCUGGUCACAUGUGUCCACAAUAUUCCAGACCAGUGCUCUCCUUCUCCUUGCAAUCCCAGAGGCAUGGUGCGCUGUGAAGACAAAAAGGGCGACUUCCUCUGUCACUGUUUCACAGGAUGGACAGGAGCCAGGUGUGAGAAAGAUGUCAACGAGUGUAGCAAGAGAAAUGGAGGGUGUGACCAUGAGUGCAACAACACUAUGGGCAGUUACCGCUGUUCAUGUCACCAAGGCUAUACAUUGGUAGCGCGCCACAUAUGUGAGGAUGUGGAUGAGUGUAAGGAUCCAGGUGUGUGUGGAACUGCACGGUGUGUGAACAACCAGGGCAGCUAUGAUUGUCUGUGUGAGACGGGCUAUAUGUACGACAAUGAAACCAAAAGCUGCAUAGAUGUGGAUGAGUGUGAGGAGGGUGUAUGUGCAGAGGAGUGUAUGAACACACCAGGGAGUUUUCGUUGCUUCUGUGAUGGUCGUCAGGGCAUGAAGCUUGGCCAAGACCACAGGAGCUGUAAGCCUAUCACUCCCUGUAUGUCGCUGUCCCUGAAGAGAAACUCACGUUCACUUUACUUGGGCCGUAUGUUCAGUGGUGUACCAGUGGUGAGGCUGCGUUUCCGCAGGAGGAUUCAAACUGGGUUUUCAGCAGAGUUUGAUUUCCGCACCUAUGACCCUGAGGGAGUCAUCUUCUUUGCUGGAGGUCACCUAAACAGCUCAUGGAUUGUGCUGGCAAUGCAUCAUGGGAAGCUGGAGCUGCAGUUGAAGUACGGCACAGUCAGCAGGGUCACCAGCAGUGGGCCCAUUGUCAAUGACGGCCAGUGGAGAAAGAUCUCGGUGGAGGAGCAGGGGCGGAGUCUAGUGAUUAAGAUUGACAGGGAGGCAGUAAUGAAAAUUGCAGUCAAUGGAGAUCUGUUCACACUAAAGAAGGGCAUGCAUGAACUCAACCUAACGGUGGGAGGAGUUCCUUUCAAAGAGGAUGGCCUUGUCAAUCAGGUGAACCCCCGUCUGGAUGGCUGUAUGAAGGAGUGGCGCUGGUUGACAGGUGAAGAUACCUCCAUACAGGAAACCAUCCGUUCCAAUGACAACAUGCAGUGUUUCAGUGUUGAGGACCCUGGAGCGUACUACCCUGGCAUGGGCUUUGCUCUCUUCAAUAUCAGCUAUGAUUCCCAGAACCUGAGUGUUCAGUUGACCUUGCGCCCAACCUCUGCUAUCGGAGUACUGUUUGCUCUUGUUUACCAGGACAGCGUUCCCCUCUCCAUUGCUUUGGCUGACUAUCAUCCUGGUACUGAUGAGUGGCGAGAUUUUGUUCUGGUUUUGGCGGGUGAUGUCGUCAUUGCCAGCUCUCCUGCUCCCCUGUGUGAUGGGGAGAGUCAUGUGAUCCAAGUGGUCAUUGCGGGCAACCAGACACUCUUGCUGGUAGAUGGCCAAUCUGGACGUAGUGAGGACAUCCAAGAUCCUGUUGACCUCCAGUCUCAAUCCAGCACCUUCAUAGGAGGCCUCCCUGAUGUCCCACUGGUGUCCACCCUAGUGUCGGCACCCUACAGUGGCUGCAUGGAGGUCAGUGUUAACGGACUGUCACUGGACUUGGACCAGGCCAUCCACAAGCACAACGACAUCCGCUCACACUCCUGCCCCCUACUGGACUCUAACCAGUGACCAUUGCCAGUCAAAAGGAUGCAUAAGCAGUUCAUUGAGGCAAUGGAGAUGACUUUGGAAAUGUUGCAUAUAGUAAGUCUUGACAAAUGGGGAAUUGUAAUGAAUUUGACUGGGAAAAAAGGCAAGACUAGGAUUCCUGGCUCACCUAGACCCUUGGCCCAGGGUCACCUUGUCCUUUUAACACGAUGUUGCUGCCGCUUAGACGCGUUUGCAGGGUAAUUUCUGUAUUGUAACUCUUGACAGUUUGUUUGUUAGUUUGUUAGUUAGCUAGCCAGUGAACAACAUCCCCUGUAUUGGACCGGAUCCCCAAAGGUCCAGUAAGAAGGUAUGGGAAUAAAUGCUGCACAGCAUUGCUUCAAUAACUGCCCAUGUAUCAUAGCCUUCUGAGCCCACAAGAACACACAGGGCCUUAUCCAGAUCAACUUCAAAUUGGUCUUGGAUCAGCUGACUAAGCCUGGCAUCCUGUGUACAAGUGCAGAUCUGACUGGACCUGUAGGCAGUGUGACACCCGCUGCAACAUCUUGGUAGAUAGUACUGUGGUCAUAUUGCUUACAUCCAGUUUACCUAUGGCCCACAUUCCCAAAGCGUCAAAUAGAAGUGUUAAUCUAGACUUAGUUUUUGUUCUCAUUUAAUAAGACAGGAAAGAAAGGGGACAAGAUCUGUAGUCCUAGAUCAGCUCCCUUACUCAAAGAAUGUGAGAACAAGUGCCCAGGUUUUCAUGUUAGCUGCAUUAUGACUUAGGGGUUGGUUGGGGACUAAACCAGACUUACCUUCCCCCCAAUAAGCUGAAUUCCCCCUUUACCAAAGCAGGGAGAUGUAGUAACGAAGGCAGCAUUCAGUAUUAGGCACAAAGCUGUGUUCUGUAGGAAACCUUGCACAUUGUUGCAGGUAGAAACGGACUGUGAUGUAAAGCCAUUUCCUUGUUUUUCUUCUGUACCAAUGCACUCCGCGUCUACCUGCAGCCUUAAAAAUCAACCAUGUGCCUACCAAGAACAACCAACCAAACCUUCUCUACAGCUUCCCUUCACCCACAUUGUGCUCAUUGAGGUGAAACAUUUUACAAUGCUGCAGGUGGUAUUGUAACACAGAAGUAGAACCAGUUCUACUCUUUACGAUACAUUGUGCUCAUUGCAGUUCGAUACUAUGCAUUUCCAUCUGAGCAUUUUGAAGUGUUGCAUCUUUUUGAACAGCAUUGCAGUUACUGACUCGAUCACACCCCCUAUCCCCUUUGAGCAAAUGAAAUAAUCUUAACUCACUGACACUCAGCACCAAGGCCUAUCCUUUCCCUCUGAAUCACUAACUCACAGUUCAAUACCUGGAUGAUACCUGCCGUUUACCAAUCAAAUGUAGAUACAUUAGUCACAGAAGCACAGGGAGAUAGGAUGGGGCCCUCUCCAGCCAUGGAGAGAGAGAGAGCACUGCAUCAAUCGCACCAUACAAGCUACUGAGAGUAAAAAGAGUGCGCUGUAAUAUACUGAAUAUGUAAAUAAUGUGACUGUACAAUGCUUUUUAGAGGACAGAAAACAAAACACUACCUUUAUAGUCAUUGAGGUUACCCACACCGUUUCAGUUGAUCCAAGGUCUCGGUUUCCCAAACACCCAAACACAGACAACAAUAUAGAUCCAGGAUAAUGGAGAGUUCCCCUGCCUCCUAAAACACUUAAGCUUCAAGUCCAAGGGGCAAAUCUAUGACUCUUCUCUUGAAAAGGGUUUUGGGGGACUGUGUUAGAGCUAUCCAGGAAUCAAAGUAAU